AGUUUUAACGAGGAAGCGAAAUAAUCAACACAUAUGUUGUGAGAGUGAGGUUGGCAGCGAGUGUUAAAAAUUAAAUAAUUUAAGCGCAAGCAUUACGUACACUUAUUAAAUACAUAAAAGAAAGCGUAUAUUUGUUUGAGUMAAGAAUAAUAAAUUCAAGGCAACACUUAAACUGAUUUGUGAUUCUAACAAUUAUUUGAUCGAAAGCAAUGCAUUUUCUUGAUAUUAAAAGAAGUAAACUGUUUGAAAUAAGCAUUUGUGAAUGAACAAUAUUUUUAAAAGUGUAAAUAACAAUUAAAAUUAGUUUCAGUGAAUUUUUAUAUUGCCAAUUAUAUAAAAAUAAAACUAUAAAAUGUCGAAUAAAAAUACAGCGGAAUUUAAAAGUGGAAAUAAGAACAGCGAUGAAGAAAGUUGUCAAAAGAAGGAGUUUUUAGGAAAUGUAGACUUCGAUUUGGCACCCGGAACGGAUUCGGGAUUUCUUUCAGGACCCCAAAACUCUUUUUUCCAAGAACAUGAAGAAUCUAAACAAAGUUCUGCUGAAAACAUCGGUAACAAUUUUAAUUCGCAAAAUCCCAAUAUCGGUAAAUCAGUACACAGAGAUGGGAUUUCUGCUAAUAUUGGCGAACAUUGCGAAAAAGCUGCUAAGGAAUUAUGUAUUGUUGAUUCGGGCUGCAUUGAGGAAGAAGAAUAUGAGUCCAACGAUCUACAUGCCGACACUGAGCCUCAUGCAAUAGUACAGCCGAAUACACGAUCGCGACCACAAGUAAACCAAACAAGUGCAUCUGAAGUUACAAGUUCACAAGAUAAUAAAAUGAAAACAAAGCAAGAUGUCGAUGCUCACAUUUCCGAACGCUUUUCUAAUCUAAGUUUACAACACGGUACAAUAAAUGACUUGGGCGCGUCUUGCAAAGAUUCUACCGUGGACCCUGAACAAGCGAAACCAACAAAGGCAUCGGCUGAACUCAAUAAAUUGCCAGCAUGGGAACAAUACUACCAACAAAAUGACGAAGGAGACACCUAUCUUCAUUUGGCUUGCAUAUCGGGAUACGACAAUGUGGUAGCUGCUCUUUUCCGCCUCGCUAUACAUCCUUGUCUGUUGGACAUAAAAAACGAUUAUGGACAAACUCCCUUACAUCUAGCUGCGCUAACAAAACAGAGAAAAAUUAUGCGCAUGCUAUUGCUAGCCGGCGCCAAGCCAACCUUACGCGAUAACAACGGAAACACAGCAUUACAUAUUGCUUGCAUGUCUGGUGAUGAACAAUGUGUGAAUGCUUUAACAGUUCCAUUUAGUGCUUCAGAGAUCAAUGAAGCUCAUCGCCAGUAUGGUUACAGAUCCAAUGAUAAGCGAGUUUCUUCCCUUAGUUAUGCAUCUUUACCCACUGGUUUAGAAAUUCGCAAUUACAACGGCGAAUAUUGUGUUCAUUUGGCUGCCGAAGGAGGCCAUUUACAAAUAUUAAAAACUUUAGUACAGUCUGGAGCGGAUAUCAAUGCCAGAGAAGGAAAAGGUGGAUACACACCUCUACAUAUUUCCAUUGAAAAGGGUAAUGAGGAGUUAUUCAAUUUCCUCCUGGAUGAUUGUAAGCCGAACUUGGAAACAACCACUUUCGGAAGGCUGACAGCAUAUCAACUAACAUGCAUUCUGAAGAGGUCACAAAUGCAAAGCAGUUUAGAAAAAUAUGGCGCAGAACCGUUAUCACCGCCGGAAAGCGAAUAUGAAAGCAGCGACGACGAAUCGGAUUUUGAAGAAUCUAAGAACUAUGAAAGRUUCGUCGAGCCGGGAUACUUCGGGGGCAAUGUCAUGGCGGUCAUGUAAAAACAUAGAACCGCCCCAUUUGGCGUGUUCUUUUCGUUUAAGAGAGUACCUUAAUACACUCGACGUACUUAAGUUUAUUAACAAUUUAAGGAUACGAAUUCAUAAAUGCCGAACGAAAAUUAGAAAAUUAUAAGCAUAUCUUUACCGUUAAGUAGUUAAAGAAUUGGUUUAUAAAAUCUCGAUAUUCUUCUAAUUAAUGUAUAAAUUAUUAUAAUUUUCAUGUACGUAUUUUACAAUAACUGUGACAUGAGUGGAACUAAGUAUUUACAAUAUAGUAAAACAUAUGAAAAACAA